GACAAACAGGGACAGAUUUCUGACAGUACCGACUACAAAGUGGCAUAGUUUGCGAUGGCUAUUCCAGACAGAAGACGAAGUAAUGAAGAACUGAUGGAGUAAACUGUCCAAAAUAUUAUGCGUUCGUGUUAAUAACAGGGACCAGCGCCUCGCCAGGAUAUGCAUGAGAUUUGGUGGACGUUGCCGACUUUGAAGAGAAGAGGUUCAAGAAGUCACAUUAUUACAAAGACGGGAAUCGCAGGACCGAGAAACGGGAAAGUAGCUGUUUUCAUGAAUCCCCCCAAAUAGUUGAAAUGUCACUAUUUUAAGCGAACCUGACUCAACGCAACCCGAACAUAGCCAGACCACACCACACAUUGGACUAUUGGGAGUUUUUCUUUGGAUAAGAAGGAGCAGGAGAAAGAGCAGGGCUCAGACAGUGGGGCGCAGAAUGGGCACGCGGGCGAGGAGGACCUGCAGGAGAAAGGCAGCUCUGGCACCAGCGCCAGCCACAGCACGGGCAGCCCUGCGCCCUCCAGCAGUGGCACAGAUCUGUCUCAGACGUCCCCGCCGUCGCUCACUGACCAGCUGCUGCUGGGGCGGGACGACCCGGCCGGGAUCAACGUGGAGUGCCGGAUCUGUGGCGACCGAGCCUCAGGCUUCCACUACGGGGUUCAUGCCUGUGAGGGCUGCAAGGGCUUUUUCCGGCGGACCAUCCGAAUGAAGCUGGACUACGAGCGCUGCGAGAGGAGCUGUAAAAUCCAGAAGAAGAGCCGCAACAAGUGCCAGUACUGCCGCUUCCAGAAGUGCCUGAUGCUGGGCAUGUCCCACGAUGCGAUCCGGUAUGGCCGUAUGCCAGAGGCGGAGAAGAGGAAGCUGGUCGCGGGACUCCUAGCGGGAGACGGGUGCAGUCAGAACUCCGCAGCCUCGGACCUCAAGUCGCUGGCCAAGCGCGUCAACAACGCCUACCAGAAGAACCUCAACAUGACCAAGAAGAAGGCCCGCAGCAUCCUCACCGGCAAGACCAGCUCCACCUCGCCGUUUGUUAUCCAUGAUAUGGACUCGCUGUAUCAGGCAGAGAAUGGCCUGGUGUGGAACCAGCUGGUGAACGGGGCGCCCCCACACAAGGAGAUCGGGGUUCACGUCUUCUACCGCUGCCAGUGCACCACCGUAGAGACGGUGCGGGAGCUCACCGAGUUCGCCAAGAGCAUCCCAGGGUUCGUGGACCUCUUCCUCAACGACCAGGUGACGCUGCUCAAGUACGGGGUGCACGAGGCCAUCUUCGCCAUGCUGCCGUCGCUCAUGAACAAGGACGGGCUGCUGGUGGCCAACGGGAGGGGCUUUGUGACGCGGGAGUUCCUGCGCAGCUUGCGGAGGCCCUUCAGCGAGAUCAUGGAGCCCAAGUUUGAGUUCGCCGUCAAGUUCAACGCCCUGGAGCUGGACGACAGUGACCUGGCCCUCUACGUGGCGGCCAUCAUCCUCUGUGGAGACCGACCGGGGCUGAUGAACAUCAAGCAGGUGGAGGUGAUGCAGGACGGCAUCCUGCAGGCCCUCAACCAGCACCUGAGCGUCAACCACCCCGACUCCAGCUACAUCUUCCCCAAGCUGCUGCAGAAGAUGGCCGACCUGCGGCAGCUGGUCACCGAGAACGCCCAGCUGGUCCAGAAGAUCAAGAAGACAGAGUCGGAGACCUCGCUGCAUCCUCUGCUGCAGGAGAUCUACAGGGACAUGUACUGAUGGCCGGACACAAAGGGCUCAGAGACCCACACACUGACGCAAUACAAACACCCUUCUGGAUUGAUGUGCUGACACGUGCAUACAGACACACACACACACACACACACACACACACACACAAACACACACACGUACACAUGUACA